CAGGAAACAGGAAGUGUGUGCAACAAUCAAACGUCGUCAUUCCAGAUUAAGGAAAGGGAAACUUUUGUUAUCAUUUUGCGAGAUAUUUAUCAAGUAAACCACCACUAUCAAUAACACCUUGGAUUAAAUACCCACAGUAUGCCUACACAAGGAGCCUGCAGUUCGACGUUUGUUGUAUUCAUUGUUGUUAUUUGCGCUGUUGUUCAAAAAGGAACUUGUGUGACUCCGUCUCCGACAUCUCCAACACCUGUUCAGAAGCCUUGCAAUGUCCGGACAUCAUGUGAAGACUGUCUUGCCAACGUAACGUGCCUUUGGUGCAUGACCAACAACACAUGCAGCCAUUAUCCGGUGUCUUCCAUUAUACCACCAUCUUCAGUGUGCAGCCUGUCCCAGGCACGAUGGGGAGUCUGCUGGGUGAACUUCGAGGCUCUGAUCAUCACCAUGGCUGUAGUGGUCGGGACCAUCCUGCUGAGCGUGAUGGUCUGCUGCUGCUGUUGCUACUGCUGCAGGAAGAGCUCCUCAGGUAGCCCUGACAGAGAUGAGGAGAGGUUGGCCAGAAGACGAGAGGAGGCCCGACAGCGCUCAGAUGACCGGAGAGUCGACAGGAAGGCUCGUCAUGAUGAGAUCCGCAAGAAGUAUGGUCUGGUUCCCGACGCCGACCACCCGUACAGCAAGUUCGAGAACGAGUAAAGCAGAGAAGCCACAGCGGUACAGGAAAAGCACUGGGAGAGGCCGCACACUUUCUCCAGACGUCCGCCAUGCCUCCGUCUGGCCUCCGUGCCAGUGGAGCCAGUCUGGUUUUGUUUUGUUUUCUUUUUCUGACUGGGAGGUGGGGAGGGGUUGCUGCCACACCCAGCCUCCGGUGUUCCUGAUUGACCAUUCACCAGUUAGCGUGUCUCUCUUUUUUUUUAAAAAUCUCUCCUUACUGUGUUUCUUUUAGUUUGUUGUCUGCUAACUUUUUGAAUGAAGGUGUUGCUGAAAUUGAAGACUGUUGCAAAUGGCCUUGCUGAUGACGUUGUUUAGGAAAGGUGAUCUCAAGAUUUUGAAAGAAAAAAAAAACGAUUCUGCAUGUCACCUUUUGUGUUUUGCUUUUUGAAUUGUUUUGGCGUGUGUGUGUGUGUGUGCGCAUGCGCGUGUGUGUGCGUGUGUGAGGAUGGGUGGAUGAUUGGAUGUAUCUGUUCUCAGCAUCACCUUGGUAGUUCAGUUUUGCACCAGCUGUAUUUAAAAUAAUCCAUGCUCUUAUUUUGACUGUUUCCUAAUUAAAAUGUUGAUCAUGUUUUAAAAUUAAA